AUGGAGAACGAAAGCGGGUGUUCCCGCGACGAGAUCGGACGGCUUCGUCGAGGUGCGGGAAAGGGGCGGGGAAGGGGUGGGCGCGGGGGAGGGGAGAUGUGGGGGCAGGGAGAGGGCUGGUGGCUGGGAGUGGGCUGGGAGAGGGGAGAGGGGGGGAACAAGAGGGGAGGGGGGGGGGGGGGAGUAGGGAGAGCGAUGGAAGGCAUGGACAAAGAAAUCGGGUGCGUUCGCAACAAGAUUGCAGACGCAUUCCUCGAGGGCUGUGUGCCAGCAGACUGCAUGGUGUUGUGCAAGCUGGUGUCGUGUGAGGAGGACCAUAUACCAGCAGUAGCAGAUCGCAUGGUGCUGCGCAAGCUGGUUUCAACAGACCGCAUCAUGGUGUUGCAUAAGCUGGCGCAGGACAUGCGCGAGUGGACACACCGGUGGGUGAGCCAUGGGAUCAGGGAUGAUUGUGGGGGAUACAGUCAAAAAGGUGAGCUCGAAGAUGCAACUCGUGUGAAAGUUGUCCUCUGUUCUCUGCCACGUAUCUCCCACACCCCUCUCCCGCACCCCUCUCCCCCACCCCUCUCCCCCACCCCUCUCCCCCACCCCUCUCCCACACCCCUCUCCCGCACCCCUCUCCCACACCCCUCUCCCCCACCCCUCUCCCACACCCCUCUCCCACACCCCUCUCCCACACCCCUCUCCCACACCCCUCUCCCACACCCCUCUCCCCCACCCCUCUCCCCCACCCCUCUCCCACACCCCUCUCCCGCACCCCUCUCCCACACCCCUCUCCCACACCCCUCUCCCACACCCCUCUCCCACACCCCUAUCCCACACCCCUCUCCCACACCCCUCUCCCACACCCCUCUCCCACACCCCUCUCCCACACCCCUCUCCCACACCCCUCUCCCACACCCCUCUCCCACACCCCUCUCCCCCACCCCUCUCCCCCACCCCUCUCCCACACCCCUCUCCCACACCCCUCUCCCCCACCCCUCUUCCACACCCCUCUCCCACACCCCUCUCCCGCACCCCUCUCCUGCACCCCUCUCCCGCACCCCUCUCCCCCACCCCUCUCCCCCACCCCUCUCCCCCACCCCUCUCCCGCACCCCUCUCCCACACCCCUCUCCCACACCCCUCUCCCCUGA